AUGGCUUCUUCCAGUAGUAGUCAUCCAAGUGCUCCCUGCGCUGCCUGCAAGUUCUUAAGAAGGAAAUGCAUCCAGGGAUGUGUGUUCGCCCCCUAUUUCCCACCCGAAGAUCCAACAAAAUUCGUCAACGUCCACAAAAUAUUUGGCGCGAGCAAUGUUAGCAAACUCCUCAAUGAAAUUGCACCCCACCAAAGGGAAGAUGCUGUCAGUUCUCUUGCCUAUGAGGCCGAGGCACGCCUUAAAGACCCCGUUUAUGGCUGCGUUGGUGCUAUUUCUGUACUCCAAAGGCAAGUUCUUCGGCUCCAAAAGGAACUUGACGCAACUAAUGCAGAUCUUAUUCGGUUUUCAAGCAGCCAAAGUAUAUCAACAACACCGCCAAGUUCUCAACCAAAUUCGCAUGUAUCGCCUUCUUCUAAUUAUGGUAGUACUUAUUCAUCAUGGAGUUAAUGAUUACCAUUAAUAC